GGUUGGGGAGAGGGUGAGACCAAUAUUAAAAAGCCUAGAGGCCUGGUUGUAGUUUAAUCCGACUGGGCUGAUGAAAGGACCAGAUCUGUUUUCCUUUCUUCGGCUUAGUUUUUACAGGUUCUAUUUUGAGAGAGCACGAUUCAAAUAAGAACUUACGAAUUGAUUCGCUACCAAGACAGAAAAGAGACUGUAAUUCGCCACAGAAGAUUGUCUACAUGCCUCCGGUUAGAGUGAGAAAAAAUUAUAUGUCACCUGUUGCGCCGCCAAAAAAUUAUAUGCAACCGGUAAAUGCUAGGCCUAGAGUAACAAGUAAUCAACCAACAAAACGGAUUAUUGUAGUAAAGAAUAGUGAAAAAGACAAAAUACCUUGUCCUCAGGACAUUUCACAUGUAUCGAAUAAUGAGUAUACUCGACCUAUUGCUAUUACACCACCAAUUUCAUAUACAGAACAAACUACUCUCUCUCAGGUACGGCCAGUUGUUUAUCUUCAGGAAACUGUUCCAUAUAGGCCUACAUUCUUGUCACCGGAUCGUGUUUUCACUACAUCAUCAUCAGUUCCUGUUAGUUCUGCAAAUCUAGAUACAUCUUCGAUUCCUCUUAAUACUGCACAAUAUUAUUUUGUUUCAGAAAGAUUUCAGUCUCCACAACCAUCAGUUCCUGUUAGUUCUGCAAAUCAAGGUAUAUCAUUGAUUCCUCCUAAUACUGCACCAUAUUAUUUUGUUUCAGAAAGAAUUCCGUCUCCACAACUAACAAAUGGGUAUAUGGAAAGUAUGUGGCAACCUGCAAGAAAGCCUAUAACUGUAGUACAGCCACCAGCUACUAAAUAAACUGCAUACUAUUGAUUUUCUUCAUAUAUCAAAAAUGUUUUAAUUAAUUAAAUCACAUGAAAUUUUUGUCAAAAAAUUGUAUUUCAGGAC